CUGACUUACAGCUACUUGUGCGCCUUCAACGCCUGGCUCGUGUUGUGUCCACGUACCCUGUCUUACGAUUGGCAGAUGGGCAGCGUACCUCUCGUGACGUCACCACUAGAUCCUAGGAAUCUGGCAACACUGGUUAUACUCGUUUCGCUAGCAGCCCUCGCCUGGCGGGCUUCGAGCCCGUGGCAUCGAAAAUGCAACUCUGCUGGUGAGUCGAGACAGCAGUGCUGCUACGACAGAACUCCCGAGCAACUGCACGAGCCUUCUCCGGGACUGCUAGUGGCACUGCUUCUUACAGUGCUGCCUUUCCUUCCGGCGUCCAACCUCUUCGUGACCGUCGGCUUCGUUGUCGCCGAGAGAGUUCUCUACAUUCCCAGCAUUGGCGUGACUCUGCUCGUGGCCGAAGGACUGCACCGCCUCCACACGCGGUCUGGUCUAGUGCUCAGGUGGUGCAGCUGGGCCUGCUGCUUCAUUCUAGUGCUGUUGUUUGCUGCACGCACCUGGAACAGGAACGGCGUGUGGGCGUCUAGAGAAACGUUAUUCGAAUCAGGCAUCAGGGACCUCCCAGGAAACGCAAAGAUGCACUACAACUACGCCAAUCUGCAGAAGGACAUCGGCAACUCUGACCUGGCCGUCAAGCACUACAGGAUGGCAAUCGAGUUGUGGCCCGAGCACGCCAGUGCGCACAAUAACUUGGGGACUGUGCUGACGUCAACGGAAGAGUCGGAACACCACUUCCGGUACGCCUUGCGUGUCAACCCAAACCAUCCAGGGGCUCAUUUUAACCUCGCCAAUAUUUACAGCAAGCAAGGCCAAAAGGAGGUUGCCAGGACUCUGCUGGAGCGUGCGGUAGAGCUGGAGCCCGAUUUCUGCGAGGCCUACUCGUCCCUAGCAGCCCUGGCCGCCGAAAGGGGAGACCUGGCUGAAGCCGAGAGGCUGCACCAGAUGGCGCUAACGAGCGACGACCGAAAUGCCGACGCCCGGAACAACUACGGAACAUUCCUUCAGUCACACGGGCGAGCGGAGGAGGCAAUGACGCAAUACCAGCAAGCCCUAGAUCUCCAGCAAAAUCACACCGUGGCUCUCCUUAACGCUGCCAGAAGCCUCCGGAGUAUGAACCUCAACAUGCAGGCAGAGAGUCUAUACAAGAGGGCACUCGCUGUUGAGCCAGACCCUCAAGUGAUGGACAACCUGGCUGUGUUCUACGUCAAUGCUGGUCGCCUGGACGAAGCAAGGCAGCUAUUCGAAGAAAUUCAUCGGCUUUUCCCAGAGCAUCGCGACAGCAAGGUUCACCAUGCUCAGCUUCUCAUUAGGCUCCGAAGCUUCCGAGCGGCUGAAGACCUCCUCCUGGACGUCAUAGAGAACAACAGCACCGACAGAGGGGCCUUGCAUACGGCAGCGCUUUUAUACAACCACAUCAACCGCACAGUCGAGGCCCUGGACUACAUACUGAAGGCUCUAAAGCUGUGCGGCGUCGAUGAACCGCACUGUGCAAGAAUACACAGCGAUCACGGCGACAUACUCAAGGACAUAGGUGACCUCAGCUCGUCCGCACAGAGUUACGAAGUCGCUAUUCGUCUCGAUCCAGAUCUCGCUCAUGCUCAUUUGAACCUUGCCGUGAUAAGACACCUAGAGAGCGACUAUCCAGGCGCAUUUCGGCACUACCAGGUGGCCCUGUCUCUCGAUCCAAAGAACAAGCUCAUCAUAGACAACAUGGCCAAGUUAAGGCGGCGGAUCACUAGGCCACUGCCUUUCCACGAUUGCGUUUAAAGCUAAUGCGUCGUCGAAAUGCAUUUACCGUGCUGCUCUUUCUGCAUAGUGGCGUUCAUAUUUUGACGGCACCUUACCACUGGAUUCCCACUCUAUCGCUUUCGAUGUAUUGCAAAUUUGUCACGCAAAAUGCAGACGUCUGGUGAAGGUAGUUGAAGGGUAGUACAAUGACACCAGGGACCGCAACAACAGUUCUGGUGUUCUAAUUUUAUUUUUUUACAUAAAAUUGUGCUCUUGAACAUCCCGUCUCGUUCCAGAGAGCUGUUAAGGCCACCUACAAAUCUGAUCUAGACUGCAAUUUCCCGUCUGAUUGCAAAGAUGACAACUUUCCAAAAGUGUUCUUCGGAGCCUGGUAAUUCUGUCGGCUGCAGAUAGCCGAAAACAGCGAACAGCCUACGUCACAAGCCCUUUCUGGUAAAUGCGUGGUGUAGUGAUUAUUUAGGCCUUCGUACCAUAUUGAUUUGCCAUUUCAGCAUUUAAAUCAAUUUUAAUAUUUGUCUAAUACAUGAUUCUCAAGAGUUUUCUUUGUAUUCUCACAUUUUCUUUUUUUAUUUAGUCGGAAAAAUAUUACUCUUCAUAAGCUUGGUCUCAUGAGUUACGGAUGUUAUUUGACAAAAAAAUAUCAUCACAAUCACUUUAUGCUGAGUUUCUGCCCCGACAAAAGUCAACCUGGGCCUCGAAUGCCAGUGGUGGCACAGAAGCCGACAGCUGCCGGUACGAAAUUUCUUAGGCAGAUGUUGGCGGCUUCUGUAUCGAAUGUGAACGACAGUAAGUGAAGACUCUGAUCCUCGGUCAUAUAGGCCUGCCCUUGCGCCUUUCCCAGCAGAAAAAGAAAGUGGACAUGAGAAUCUUUCCUACGGAGUGUGUCAUGUUUGUUGUCGUGCUCGUUUGCCUAUUCCUUGCCGCAAGCUCUGUAAUUCCUGUGAACUACCACUUUUUUUCGAGCAGUGGCAUAAGACUAUGCAACAACGUGCCUAGAUUUCCUACUCUCAUGUUAGUGAGUGCGACAUUGCAGUGUUACUCUCAAAGUGUGACAGAUUUGCUCAGGUGGGUUGCUGUGUGACAGGACGUGAUGGAGCGUUUUUAUUGGCGCGCCCGGAUUAAGUGGGUGGAAGUGAGGAACGCCGAACUGACAACUGAGGCAUACAACGCAAACAUUGUGAAAUAAAAUGUCUGAUUUCAUAUUCACAUGUAGUGCGCUUGAGUAUUGAUUGAAUUUACAUAAGGUGGAAGUGUCUUCGAAGCUGGCGCAUUGUCUAGUAACGGGGCGUCGUGAAAAAAAUGUGUCUAAGGGUGCUCGAUCAAGUCUAUACUGGUAGUGGGUAUAAAUUAUAGUUUCAGCGAAUUUUACACAUUCGGGAAAUUCCACGACUGCCAAUUUGGUGUACAUUAGGAAUUCUAUACAGAAAAUGAUUUCUUUCACUAUCUGGCAUGUGUUUACGCCGGUUAAAUCAGUAUAGCGCUCUAGAAGCAGCCUGAUGCUUGCGUAUGGCAAGGAAUCACGUGUUUAUGUUUGGCAGUUGACUUCGUCGCUGCAGUUUACACCCCUGCUAAAGAAAUGGAGACUAAAGAUUCCACAAUUAUAUACAAUCUGCGUUCCAGGCAUCGGCGAUUCAGGAGCUGAUUGUACGAUUUUCGUCAGCCGGCAUUUGAAACUAUGGAAUCAUAUGUUCAAGCAUGCGUUUAAGGACAGCUCCUCAUUGCAUAAUUGUGCCAUACAUGGACAGCGUCAGUACCUGUUCCGAAAUAAUGUCAGACAGAGCUCGCCGACAUACACGGUCUUGUUACAUGUGUUUAGGAGCACCACGGUAGAUUGCUACAGCGCUGGGUUAAGUCGUGGAUGUUAAGUGUGCAUGCCUGAAAGUUCAUGUGAUUUCUUUCCCACCUAGUGGCUACAAGCUGAAUUUUCAUUGACGUCGGAAGCUGAAAACGUUUCGAUGUCGCGCUGUGCGAAAAGAUGUAUCCUGUGUGUGACAUGCCCAGGGAUAUUACUCUUUCAAAACCCUUUGGGUUAAUCUGGAGUGAUAAAAUGUGUGAGCGACAGGGAUUGGAUUAAAUCGGUACAGUUCGAGGCAACGUAAAAGAAUACGACGACGAAGGGUCAUGAAAGAGUGUGCCCUUUUACGUGGCUGGUAGACGAAACGAAUGAUUGCUCAAGUUGGAUCUUGUGAUAUGACAGAGAAAAUAAAGCGCAAAUAAGCCAACCAAGGCUUUGAAAACACUUCUUUCGGAGUGUGCUAAAAGAAACAACGCCAUGUUAUCUUUUUUUUUCUUUUGGUUUUGCUAUUUCUUGCAAAUUGUAAUCGGUGUUGUCUCACUGGCGUAACUUUGUGAGUGCGUGCCCUUUGUACAAAGCAAGCGGGCUGUCCAAGAUUCAAUGUCAGUUUUAACAAACUGUUCUUGGCAGCUGACUUCUUAGCAAGAAAUUUGAUGGUGGUAUCUUCGUGCCGUAGAUGUUUAUCGUACCUAAAAUAUUUCGCGCAUUGAAUAUGUUGCCUUCCUUCCACUAUAGCUGCAAAGUGACAUCUUGGUUGCAAGAUGACCUCGCAAGAGCCGUUACUCACGUCGCCUUACUUCGUCAGAGCCUAGCAAGGGUAGCUCCCCUUUCAUAAAGAGUGUUUCACUGUGUCAAGAAUUUGUCAACUGUCGCGAAUGCUAGGUAUUCAUCGAUAUUGUUGCUUGCCGACACGGAGUCAUUUCAACCAAAAAGUUGUGUUUUUUAUAGGCCACAAGCAAUGAUAUACAUCAUCGAGCCGUGCAUGGUUCUCAUGGUUUUGCAUCUGUGAGAGUGACCCGUUUUCUUACCAUCCAAUAACUGAAUCUUAGUCUGAAAGAGUUAUUUUUUUCCUGUAGCCCAAUGAACUGAAAUGGCCAGUGACUCUGCCCCGCACGUAUGCUUGUCUGUCGUCACGUAUAAGAGUGCCAUUGUUGGGAGUUAUCUUUUCACAUGUGUGGCUGAGUGUUGUUUGUGCGUAACAAGUUUGCAGAAAAAUGUCAUCCUGUCAUGUUAUCCCACAUUUUGGAAGAAAAAAGCGAAGCUUUCAAAGAAAUUAUUGUGCCAUGUGUGUGUGUUCAUUGCUGUGUUCUUGCAUUCCUACCCAUUUCAUCACGCUAGAGAAAUUCUAUCUUUUGAUUUUCACAUUCAUUUUUUUUACACUUGGAAAGCAACUUGCCACAUUAGAUUAACAGUGCUGAUGUAUAGCGCUGCUGAAAAAAUAAAUUAGUACAGAAAUAAACAAAUUUUCAAAGACA